AUGUCAGCUGUGUGGAAUAUGUCUAACUGGGGUCAUAGUCGUCAACAAUUCAGAGAUGCUGUUGAUGAACUGAUAUCUGAUGUUAUUGUCAGUAUAUUUUAUGAAUGUUUAAAGGCUGUUGAGACUGGCAUGAUGGAGGUAGAACUGAUAGGGCCUGUUCUCAAGGACAUGAUGGACGAGGCCCUCGAGAAGUUUCCUGAUGUUGUAAGGACUUUUCUUUAUACAUUGUCAUUUGUCUGCAGUUGCAAUGGUGCUGAUUCUGCUGGUUCUGCUAGUGCCAAUGCUGCUAGUGCUACUAAUGGUGCCAUUCAGAGUGGAGUCGUAAAUAGCGAACUCAAGAAAUUAGUACUCUCACUGGAUAUCGACAAAUCUCUCAUGCUUCUAGUGCUGGAGCCUAAUGUGUUGGAUGAACUUGGAAUUGCGCCUCCUAUUUUUGAAAAGAAACUGAUCCGUCAAAAUACAAAUCGUCUGUAUAAACAAAAACGGUUCAAUCUCAUGAGAGAGGAAUCGGAGGGUUAUGCCAAGCUUCUUGUCGAAGUUUAUAGUGCUGCUCGCUCAUCGGGUCAGCUACAGGAAGAUUCUGAUGCUUUUAAUAAGAAAGUCGCCACUGCUGCUCGAACUGUAGAAUCUAUCAUUGGAUAUUUUGAUCUGGAUCCUAUCCGUGCAUUGGAUAUUAUUUUGGACGUGGCAUCCACAAACCUCGUGGAUAGAUGUCACUUUUUCAUGAGCUUGUUAAAAAAUUCUCCUUGGUGGCCUACAGAGCCUGCCACUGGUCAUAAGAGUAUAACCGACAUUGGCAAUGGAGGAAACAAAAUCGCUGCUCAACUACUAGGGUUCAAACUAGAUAUUUAUAAAAGUACAAACACCAAUGUUAGUGUAGCGACGCCUGAACAGCUGAUGAUGCUGAUCGCUGUUCUGAUUAAAGAAGGUUUUAUUAGUUUUGGAGAUAUUUACAACUUUUUGACCCCCGAUGACGAUAAGUUUCAAGAGUAUGAAGAAAAAUGGAAAAAGGAGAUGGAUAAAAAGGCAUUUUCUGCCGGUGCUUCUGCUCUUGCCAUGGCUGCUCCACUUACUGAUGAGGAUGAUAUGCCAUCCAAGAAUGCAGCUGGCGGGACACAACCCGACGGUGCUGAUGGGAAAACGACGAAUGGAAGCAAGGACGAGACUAAUGGAUCUAGAGGUGAAGGUAAGAAUGCUGAUGACACUUUUCUUGAUUCUCCAUCUGAUAAAAGCAACAUUAAACUCGAUAGCCUGUCUGAUGACUCGGCACUACCAAUCACUCAUUGUCCAAAGGCGCUAUUACUACAGUGUCUGCUAUCAGUAGGCUCGGUAUAUCCUCCUUUAUAUCUUUUAUCGAAGUUUCCGUUUAUUAUAGGGCCCUAUCCAGAAAUUCCAGUAUUAAUCAAUCGGCUUGUUGAACGGUCGAUUUAUCCCUUGUACGAAUCUAUUCGCAGCUUCCCUCCUACAUCAAUAGCAUCAAUGACACCAAAGCUGUUACCAGUUUCAUCAAUUAAAGACACAACUUUAGCUCCACAGCUAAUAUCGAAAACCAUUUACGUUUUGCAUCCUCCAAUUGAUACAGAUGGAACCACUAGCAGGUUUUUCUACCGCGACUGGGACAGUGAAUUAGAUCUGGUUCAUAAUCAAGAAGAACUGCUCACUAUUUCCAAAAGAUAUUUGAACUUUUCGGGUCCACUUGUGGGUAAGUCAAUCUCACUUGUCGUCAAAUUAUGUAGAAUAGGAUCGCAUUUUUGCAGACCUUCAACGGCAAAUGGAUCAGCAAGUGCGGAGUCUGUAGAAUCACAGAAACAAUCAAGAGAGUUUUGGCUGGAAUACUUUCGACUUUAUCUCCUGCCAUGUCUUUCACUUAUAGAGGCAAAUCCAGGAGCCAUUUAUGAAAUCUACAGCUUACUUCGCAACUUCUCGUUUGAAGAAAGAUAUGCUUUGUAUGGAGAAUGGCAUGCUGUUAUCAGUAAAAGCUCUCCAUUCCUGAAACUAGCAACUUCCAAAGCUGAAAAAGACACUAAAAAUGUGCUCAAACGGUUAUCCAAAACCAACGUUAAAGAGAUGAUGCGCAAACUGGCUAAAAUCUCUUAUUCCAACCCUAUUCCUAGUUUUACUGUGUUUAUAAGUCAGGUCGAGAGUUAUGAUAAUCUGGGUGAACUUGUUAUUGAAGCGGCAAGAUAUUUUACCGAUAUCGGUUGGGAUGCUUUGCCGUUUGUAAUUAUGAUGCAAUUGACCUCUGGACGAGGCACGCAGCAAGUUGAUGGAUUAUAUGAUCGAAAGUGGAUUCAAUGUAAGUGCUUCUAUUACGUCCACCUGGAACUUGGAUAA